AUGUCGACAAGAAAAAAGGUGUCUGAGACAACGUCGAAUCUUCGUGUUGCUGUUCGAGUCAGGCCUAUGAAUGGCACCGAACGGAGCGAGAAAUGUUCGACCAUUGUUAAAGUGGACAAAGGAAAAAGCUCCAUCGACCUGAAAUCAAAACCGUUUGGUCCGUUCUUCAGAGUGUAUGAUACCGAUACUACACAAGCGGAUAUCUACGCUGACCUUGUAUCCUCGCAAAUCAAAAAAGUCAUAGCAGGAUUUAACUGCACUGUUUUUGCCUAUGGACAAACAGGAACAGGAAAAACGUUCACUAUGGAGGGAGGACGUACUGAUGCGAAAAGUUCUCAAGACGACCCAUCCACAGGAAUCAUCCCACGCGCUGUUGAAGACAUCUUUGAACAGCUGGAAACGUCUGGAUGCGAAGAGUAUUCACUUCGAGUCAGCUACGUGGAGCUUUACAAUGAAGAACUCUUUGAUCUCUUGGCUUCUUCCGAAAGCGACGAUCGUGAACGCCUCCGUAUCUUUGACGACCCACAUAAGAAAGGUGUCAUCGUGUCAGGCGUUGAAGAAGUACCUGUUCGGAAUCGGUCAGACGUGUUCAAGCUGCUACAACUGGGCGCGGAGAAGCGGAGAACUGCGGCGACUUUGAUGAACAUGCACAGUAGCAGAUCGCACAGUUUGUUCAUGGUCAAUGUAGUCGUUCGAGAAAACACGAACACUGGAGAAGAGCUCGUAAAGCAAGGAAAACUGAACCUUGUCGAUUUGGCUGGAUCAGAGAACAUUGGCAGAUCGGGAGCACAAGGAAAUCGAGCAAAAGAAGCCGGAUCCAUCAAUCAGUCAUUACUGACUCUUGGAAGAGUUAUCCGUUCCUUGACUACAAACGCUCAACACGUGCCAUACAGAGAGUCGAAAUUGACUCGUCUUUUACAAGACAGUCUCGGUGGAUCCACGAUCACUUCACUGAUUGCCACUCUCUCUCCAUCCAGUUCAAACUUUGAAGAAAGCCAAAGCACGCUUGAAUAUGCAAUGAGAGCUGCAAAUAUCAAGAACAAGCCAGUCUGCAACACAAAAGUAUCGAAAAAGACUAUUCUCAAGGAGUUUGCCGAUGAGAUUGAGAAGUUGAGACGUGAUUUGAGGGCAGCUAGAGAAAAGAACGGAGUAUUCAUCAGUCAAGAAUCUCAUGAAGAAUACCAACGAAACGCAGAAAAAGUCAACGAACUCGAGGAACAGUUGCUUUGUGAGGUGGACAGAUUGCGCAAGCUGAUGGAAGACAUGACAUACAUGGAUGAGCAGUAUCAGCAGUUAUAUGAGAGGAAAGGAGCACUGGAGAAGCGAUUGGAAGAGCGCAUACGUGAAUGUGCUGUGAAGUCAAAGGAGCUGGCCGAUACGAAUGAUGUACUCAAUAAGCAUAUCGAAGCUAUCGGAUUGAUGCAUACAGCAUCACUAAAGUCAUUCAAACAGCUAGUUCAAGCUCAAGAGGCUGCUGACGAAAUGAAAACUGAUCUCGGUGCAUUUUGGCGGAAGGUCGAUGAGAUGGCAGUUGCAGAUGAUCUUCACAAAGAAAUGAUUGAAACAUUGACCAGAAAGAUGAACUCCUUCAUCCAGUCGACUUCAGAACAAGUAGAAGCGUUAACCUCUGAUGGAAAGGAUGCAACGGCGAAAAUUGUGGAAAACGUCGAUCCUCAUGUGUCGACAAUAGAAGCCAUUUCCCAAAGCAUCAACAAGAGUGUUGGUGAAAUGAGGUCCACGACCAGUAGCGCAUUCCGAAAAGGCACCGAGAUCGAGAAUGAAGCCGUUGAGAAGAUCAAUGAAAUUGCUCAAGAAAACCUGGAGAAAUGGAAUGCGGUAUUGAAAUCUUCUUCUGAAUACUAUAAGGCUCAUUCUGCUAGAAGCGAAGAGUUUAGUAAACAGCUGACUGAUAAGCUUGAUGAAAUAAAGAAGCAAAUAUCUGAUUUUGCUGAAGAUUUCCGUCCGUUACUCGCUGAAAUCCGGAACACUACAAGUGUAAAUCUCGAAAAACGAACUGAGCAAGACACCGCCAUCACGAAUGAUGUCAAAACGACAUGCCUGAAUGUAACAGAAGGUGUGAGAGCCCUACUAUUGCAGUUGGAGCAGUUGUCGGUGAGAAUCGAAGAUAAUCACGAAGAACAGCUCAUUAUCGAUCAGAACAACCAAGAGUCAGUCCUUUCCACAAUAAACACGGCCGAAAAUGUAGUUCAGUCGGUUGAAGAUAUGAUUGAAGAGCAGUGUGAUACAAAAGAAAUUGACGAGAAAGCGCAGAGUGAUCUACAGGGCAUCGAUUUGGACUACGAAACGACCAUCCAGGAAGCUAAAGAAAAGUCUUUAGAAGGAGCGGAAGAAAUGAAGAAGGUCACGAGGGGACUACUGGAUAAAACGGAGGCAAAUCGCAAGGAGGCAACAUGUGCAGUAGAUUCCAUUCUUACGAGAAUCUCUGUUGACAGUGAGACGUGUCAGACGACGGGAGAAGCAGUUAAAAAGUCCUGCGACGAAUCAUCAGAAAACAUAUCGUCGAUGCUCCAAAAAUUCGGAGAAUCAUCUAAGAAGGCGACAGAAGUGGCACUGGAAGCCAUUUCAAAGAUCGAGAUCAAGUUCGUCGAUCCUUCGGUGAAUGUACCACCACGCAUUGUUCCUACGUAUCCAGACAGCACUGAAUUGAAAAGUCCACCGGAGCCGGAAGAACUUCUAGGAUCGGAAGAAGACGACGACAAAUUGGUGGAGGGAGAAGAACUAGCCAAGAAAAAACGCCGGGUGACAUCAUUCGUCCGUCGUGACAGCCUUCUGGAUACGACUAAUAUCUUCCUGAGCCCCUCUACCAUUCAGAAAAGGAGAGAAGCCACAAUUGACGAAGAGGAAGACUUCGAGAAUUAA